UACUCGAGCCAGUUGCCGGCAGCAACGCGUCGCGUUCAAUCGACAGCGGUUCGACACGUUGACGCGUUCGAGCGAGGAGAUCGACAGUGAACCGAUAGAAACUCGAAUUCUAAGGUGAAGUCCGCUCGGGAAAUCCAUCGUUCGAAUUUUCCUCGGUCGAUCCGGCCAACUUGUUGAAGCCCGAAGCAACAGUUUGCCUUCGGAACGCGUCGCUUUCCUGGCUUCCGGAGAUAUCCGCCGCGUUCCAUCGAUUAUUCGCCUCCCUCGGCGCGUUGUCUGGCUGCUGAACGUUUGAUUCGCGGCUCCUUCGCCGACGGCACCGUCCGUCCCGAGGAAACGGACUCGCCUGACUACGUCGACCCGGCGCGACGAACGAGGAAGCGAGGCGAAGGCGGCGGUGCGAAGGAUGAAAAUGGUCGGCGCGGAAUGGACCGGUUGGCUGCAACGAUGCCGAGAGUCGCGCAGGCUGAUUCUCGUGAUCGUCGCCAUCGCCCUGCUGCUGGACAAUAUGCUGCUGACCGCGUUCCGAUCAUCCCGGAGUUCCUGUACGACAUUAAGCACCCGAACGCGACCCUGAGCCAGUUCCUCGAGGCGGAGAACGCCCACGGGCGAGCGACCCUCGCCGCGAACCACCGCGCGUUCAAUCAAGCCCUGAACCCCAUCAGGACGACGCCGAGCACGAAUGCGAGUUCCAGCUCCAGCACCACGCCGAAAUGCCCCUGCGCCCCGAACAGAGGCAACGACUCUCAGCUGGAGUUCCUCUACGCGACCACCACCCUCGCCAACGAUCUGCCCGUGGACAGCGCGGCGAGCGACAACUUCACGGAAUGGAAGGAGAAGGAGCAGCGACACCGCGAAUUGCUGGAGGAGACGGUCGCCGUUGGCAUCAUGUUCGCGUCGAAGGCGUUCGUGCAGCUGCUUGUCAACCCGAUCGUCGGUCCGUUGACGCACAAGAUUGGGUACAGUAUACCGAUGUUCACCGGCUUCAUCAUCAUGUUCUUCUCGACGCUGAUUUUCGCGUUCGGCCGAAGCUACGGCAUCCUCUUCCUGGCGCGAGCGCUGCAGGGCGUCGGCUCCUCGUGCUCGAGCGUUUCAGGUAUGGGCAUGUUGGCCGAAAGAUACCAAGAUGACAAGGAACGCGGAAACGCGAUGGGCAUCGCGCUGGGCGGACUGGCGCUCGGAGUUCUCAUUGGACCGCCGUUCGGCGGUGUCAUGUACGAGUUCGUCGGGAAAUCUGCUCCGUUCUUGAUACUGUCGGCGCUGGCCCUCGGCGAUGGACGUAAGUUUCUUCAACUUCUGGUGCUGCAACCGUCCGUGGUCUACACCGAAGCGGAACCGCCAUCUUUGAAGACGCUGAUCACCGACCCCUACAUCGUACUGGCAGCCGGUGCCAUUACGUUCGCUAACACUGGCAUCGCUAUGCUCGAGCCGAGCCUUCCGAUUUGGAUGAUGGACACGAUGGGUGCGAGUCGAUGGGAACAGGGCGCCGCGUUUUUACCAGCGAGUAUCAGUUACUUGAUCGGCACCAAUCUUUUCGGACCGCUCGGACAUAGGAUGGGACGGUGGUUAGCCUCCCUGGUUGGACUUGUGAUUAUUGGCAUCUGCUUGAUGUGCAUACCCUUGGCUACGAAUAUCAAUCAUUUAAUCGUACCCAACGCUGGUCUGGGAUUUGCGAUCGGUAUGGUGGACAGUUCGAUCAUGCCUGAAUUAGGAUAUCUAGUGGACAUAAGGCACAGCGCUGUUUACGGAAGCGUUUACGCUAUCGGAGACGUUGCGUUCUGUUUAGGUUACGUGAUUGGUCCCGCGCUGAGCGGUACACUGGUGAACAGUAUCGGAUUCGAAUGGAUGUUAUUCGGGAUCGCGAUCUUGAAUUUCCUGUACGCUCCGUUGAUGUACUUCCUGCGAGCACCGCCGACCAAAGAGGAGAAGAAGUCCCUGAUAAUCGGCGAGAAAUCGUCUGUGCGCUACAUAACGUACCAGAACGAGGAGGACGAACAAUAGAUAAGAGGACGCGCUUCCCGACCAAUACUUAGCCAUCCUCGAGACGCGACGGUGGAACCAUAAGCUCGACGAUGGACACGAUCGUCUAUCGAUUCUCGGAACCUUUUCCUUCUCGUUGUUGAAACUCGAUGUUCGUGUAUAAGUACGUAUGUUACCGUUCCCCGGAAUGUUCCCGCGACAUUGUUGUAAAAAUCGAGCAAGAUCGAUUCCCCCUUUCGUGUUCGACGAUUCAAAUAGCGACGCCGUGCGAACCGUUUGGAAAAAGUACUCCCCACUGUUCGAAGGAACAAGAAGCUGCAUCAUUGAUGAUUCUCAACUGCAGAAACGACCGCGUUACUUAUCCGAUGCACAUUGUAUAUACGCGUAGCUCUAGACAGUGGAGGAAAGGAGAUGUCAGUAUCCGAAAAAAUGGCCGGCCUCGACAGCGAAUCUGCGUGUAUCGGAAUUAUUUCCGUGAUCGGUAUUCGUUGCUCUAUAAGUACCUACUCCGCGAUGUCUUCGGCCGCUCGUGACGGAAGCGUUAUUUAUCAUUCGCGUGUACGUGUGCCUGUAAAUCUUGACUAAAUCGGUAGAGCCAGACUCGGAGGACCGCCUAAUUUGGAUUCCCUGAAUGGCUGCAGGGAAACCGAUCGCGAAACCGGCGGUUAGGUAUCAUGAAGAGUUCUCCGGAACUUUGGGAAUUCGACAGUAAUCCGUGAACAUUGUACAUUGUAACGUAAAUCGGUUCUUCCGUUCCGAGAGCCGGAGUCUCGCGAGCUUGAUCGUUAGCAGAUGCGGUCCGAGCGUCGAUUCGCAUCGGUGAAUCGAGUCGACGAGCCUGCUUUUCGUUCCUUUGUGCUUCCGUUCUUAAUUCUGAUCAUUGAAAUCGCGAAAUUCCCUCGGAGAACGAUCCACGGCUCAUUAUGGGUACGAUACUGUCGUUCGCAAACGCGAGGUAGCGUGAUACGUUCGUCGAAUUUGCAAAUUACAUAAGGUAAACGUCGCGUGAAUUCGAGGUGGCACAUUCAAACGAUGGAGAAACGUUUCCGUUUCGUUUGCGCUGGAUCUCGCGAUAAGAAAUAUUCGUGUGACAGGCAUAUUAUAUAUAUAUAUAUAUGAUAAAAUGGUACACGUGUAUAUUUGCGAAACGUUGCGUAAUAUGAUGUAACGGGUCGCCUGUUCUUCUUCAAAAUAGAUUCAAUUGUUCGUAUAUAUAUAUACAUACAUGUAAGUAAGUACGUAUCGAUUGUAGAAAGUAUAUAGCCAAUCGUAAUAGUGUAAAAGUUUGCGGAAAUGAUUGUAACCCGCUCCUUCGUAUUUGUGAUUUCGGUACCGAAGUGCUGCGCGAAACGCGUCGUCCGAUCGUACGGGUCCUAAGCUACUGUGAAUAGAAAACGUGUCUAUAAAAGAUACAGCUGUGCUUCACGUGUAAUCUUCGAUAGUCGAAUCGUGGCUCGGUAGGAUAGAGAAUAUAGAGAAAUGUCUUAACAUUAGAACAACCACUUUCGUGCUUCGUUCAGCGAGUUGACAAGCUGCAAUAAUUCCGAUAUUCCCGCGACGGAACUAUACCUGUAGUAAAUUCGUGAAGACUAUAGAAUUCUGAUAACAUUUAUCGCUUACUUAUACAUCGGAGGGAGAAUUUAGGGAAUUAGGAUGAUUCUGAGGUCCAUCGCAACGAACACUUCUUAGCCGAGGAACAGCGAACUGUUUGAAUGGAAAGUGGCGAAGAAGAGGAUAAAGGGAAAUGAAAAUGAGAGAUCAGAAGAAGAGGAAGAGGAAGAAGCUAGCCGAACACAAUAACGUAUAGCAAGAUAAUCGCGGAAAGUUUGCCAACCAGGAACGGAACAACACGGUGAAGUAUGCGUUCACGUGUUCACCGGUCCUCCGCGAAUUCGAUGAAAUCCACAAGGUUGCGACCGAUGGUGCAACCUACUCCCGUUGAAAAGAACGAGUCAAUUCGAUUUGCAAAUUCGCUACGAACCGUCAGUCACGCGCGUCCAUCGGAGGGAACGAGGCGCGGACAAUGCUCGAGAUUCGAAAUCCUUGGGAAACCGACGUCGCCAUUUUAUAGGGGGUAAAGAAUCGCAUCGGGAGACGGCGAGUCGCCUUCGUUGCGUCGUAAUGGCGUCAACGCUGUUCACUGCGUUCUCAAAUGUAUACAUAUAAACGGUGCGUUGCGCCGCUCGCGUCUAAGAUCCUUCGGACUUGUGUAAAUAUCGAAAACAUGGAUGUAUGUAUUUGAACGUGUACGUAAUUAUAGUGGAACGUAGCAUGUCGUACCUGAUUCUUCGAGCCAACUCUCUCGUUGGUUUCGCUUUUUCCCUCUUUUCGUCCAGAGUCGCGUAGAACGUCGAAUCGUUCGAACUCCGUUACUCUGCUUGUACAAAACGUGUAUCUCGCUUGUUUGCUUACGUACAGUGUUACGCACACGCAUACACACACGUGUACAGGGUACUUACCAGAUGACAAGAGGAAAGUAUUAAUCGGGGGCGUUGAGAAGAGAAACAAUAGCCACUUUACCAACGCGCGAGGUAAUUUCAUUGUGCUCGUGUAGCUGAAAUCUACGACAAUUGCGAGACGAGACGAAGCAGCGAACACGCGUUUCGCAUUAUCCCUUGACCCCUAUCCUUCGACCGAUCUCGAAUCUGAAUCGCGACACCGUGUACUGCUCGAUCCGAUUCUAUUCGACGCUUUUAGAUGUACCUUCGCGCCGCGCGAGGAGAACGGAACAAAAUCUUAGCGAUUAAUUCGUCGACAGCUGCUAUUGUGAACAGACAAUAAGCAACGAUCACACGGAGAUGAACGAUCGUUUGAUCGGUUCGCGUCGAGUAAGGAAUAUAUCUCUGUUAACUGCACCGAAGAACGAACGAACGAACGAACGAACGAACGAACGAACGAACGUCAGUCCUAUUAAUCGUUUCUAUGCCUAUGCAUGACUUUAUUUACCGUUACUCUGCGAGUACAGUACGCUCCUGUACUCCUCUAUGGUCGUAACUAAAAUAUUUAAUCAGCUGGUGUAUGGGUCCGAUACUUAAUGCCUAUGUAGUUGUUGAGAAACAACGAAAUUUGGAAACAAAAAAGCAAAAUAAAGGUGUUUCUUCUAUUAAAUAAACGACGCGAUUGCGACGGUGUUCAUU